AUGCGACGGAGUAUCCCGCUUUGGGCCAUACAAGGUCAAAGAUAUGAACGUCACCGUUCGCUUUGGGCUGAAGCCCGCACGAAGGGAAAGUUAAAGGUGUCAAAAGCCCAAGCUGUACGGUUUCUUGAAGAGGAAUCCCAAACCCUUGAUGCCAGGUAUCGACCCACUCCGAAAACCCCAGAUACCUCUGCUAGGCCAGUGAGCGACGGCAGAAACCUCGACCUCAUCCUGGAGCGCUGUCGUGAAUUUGACAGCGUAGACCUCAAUUCGGCCACACUCCAGGAGGAGCAGGAACGCGAGCUUUCCCCCGAAAAUGAGCAAGAGCGGCAGAUCCAGAGACCACCUCCAGCCACAGCAGCAGAGCAUCACAUCCACUGUGACAUAGAAGAAUUCGUGUCUACUGGUAGGUUUAUUGAAAAGUCAAAAGCUUAUACCCCAGCUUUUGAGAUAUUGCGCGACACCAGUGCCGCCAAACAUAUAGACGUUUCUCAAUUCCCUACUGGACUUCUCGCGAGCGCCGAUUUUGCUAGCACAGUUCAAAUAUCCGGUGGGGAAUACAUUUCUGAUGCGUACCAGCGGCCAGUACAGUGGAUCCUCGUAAACAUCACCGGCAGCCCAACGAAUACAGUCGAACACAUGAUUAUCAUAAGCCCAUACGAAGCGCAGGAGCUCUUACCAGUAGUAAAACAAUCUAAGGUUACAACACUUCACCUGUACGCACCGCUCGUGAACAUGUGCUUUCGCAGGUUAGACGGGCUGGAUUUAUAUACCAUUCCUAAUCGGCCAGUGACGCCGAACUUGCCUCGCCACCUGGUCCUAUAUCAAAAUUUGUUUUCGGGACAGUUGUACUUCAGCUCGUUCAAAGAAUAUGUGGAGGUGUGUGAGCUUCUCGGGCUUGCCUGGGAGGAGAAAAGGAACGGUCAAGCGGUGGCUGCCGACGGGUUUAUCUUGAAAUGUGAUAGCAAGUCAACUUUCACUGAUAGCCCAGUCAAAUUUCUGAAGGUUUUUAUGACGAAGAUUCGGAGGAAUUGUGAAGAGAUAGAAAAGACGCAUGUUGGAACAAUGCUAAAUGGUGAUUUGCUUCGUCCGGCCGAUUUUGAGAAGCCAGAGAAUGAUUGA